AUGGCUCAGACGCGUUUCGUUCCGAUUCGCGUCUACAGUUUUGGCGGAUGGAUCGCUUCGAUAAGUGAAGACGACCACGCGUGUUUUUUUAUUUAAUGUAAACUCUGAACCUCUUUCUUCCCACAAGGUCGUUGGAGGAAAGUUACUCACUACGGUAAUGGAUUUCUGUUUCCAUUUGCUUCACUAGUUUAACUGGAAAAGAUUUUCAAGUUAUUUUUAGUCUAAAAAAUUUUUGGGAUUCGAAAAAUUAUCAUUUUUUGUUCUAACUUUGGAUUAACCGAAAAACUUUCGAGAAGAGCUAAGAGCCGCCAAGAUUUCAAGCUUUCAGAGCGAGUCCUGGGGAGCUCGUUUGAAAGGAGGCAGACUGACCUGCAGAACCUCGGGAAGCGCUGGAGGAGAGGGAAGAAGUCCUUGGAAGAGGGAGAAGAAGCCGAAGCCGGAGCCGGAAUGAGAAGGUGCAGCCGGAGCUCAGGUAUUUACAUGGGCUCAGGCUCCGCCUAUUCGGAGCACCGAACGCUUCGCCCCGCCCUGAAGUUCCCGCCUGAGGUCGAGAAAAAAAAGAUUCGUAUCUAG